UAUAAUACCAAAGAGAUACUAUACAAUACGUAUCAUUACAUCUAUUAUCAGGUAAUAUCACAUUCUGUCUACAUUGCGUCUACCCGUUACUCUGUGUAUAUGCCCUUUAUACGGACACACACAGAAUUGAUGAGCUAUUAUAACGGGUGCGAAUUAUACAUCGGAGUCGAAAGCUCAAACUCCGCGGCGAACAUACAAGGCGGCGAUCAUAAGAGUGAACGGUGAUUCGUCAGAUACAGCUGGAACGAUGGAGAAAGGUGAAAUAAAAACGUCAACCGACCCUGCGAUUAACGGCGGAUCGGAGAGUGAGAAAGAUCUCCUGAAGAAGAUUUACCAAUCUGUUAAGCAGGAGACACCCAUCCCGAUACAAACAGAGAUUAUAGGCACCAUUCCGAGUUGGCUGAAGGGAAAUCUCUUACGUAAUGGACCUGGCCAAUUCGAGGUCGGCGAGGAAAGCGUGGAUCAUCUUUUCGAUGGUCUUUCUUUCCUUCAUCGAUUCAUCAUAGAAGGAGGGGAGGUCAAAUACCAGGGCCGAUUUCUCAGGAGUGACAUCUACGAGAAGGCGAUGAAGCAUCAGCGGCUGGUCUUCAGCGGCUUUGGUACACCAGCCCGUCACCCGGAUCCCUGCAAGACGCUCUUCCAACGGAUAUUCUCUAUCUUCGAAAUGGAAUUCCCGGAUAACUGCAACGUGAACUGGAUGAAACUCGGCGACGAGUUCUACGCCCUCACCGAGACUCCGUUGCUCAAGAAGAUCGAUGUCGACAAGCUUGAUGUCCUUGACACUGUCGAUAUUGAGAAGCUAGUCGGUGUUCACACAGCUACAGCGCAUCCACACUGUGGACGAGAUGGAACCACAUACAACCUAGGUACAACCUUUUCAAUGAGAUGCAAAUACUGUGUGAUACAGGUUCCGCCCAUCAGCAAAAAAAAUGCCGGUGAAAACGCGAUGAGUGGAGCGUCCAUCCUGAGCAGCAUCCCUGCCUCCUCGUACAAUCCGACCUACUACCAUAGCUUUGGUAUCUCGGAAAAUUACAUCAUCUUCGUCGAGCAACCUCUCCACAUAAACUUGUUCAAAGUCAUGCUCUUCUCUAAACUGCUUGGGACCCGGCCCAUGACCGAGUGCAUGGAAUACCACCCAGAUUCCAAAGUCCGGUUUCACCUUAUCCGCCGUGAUGACGGCACCGUCAUCUCAACGCACUACACCGCCGACGCCUUCUUUUGCUUCCAUCAUUGCAAUGCUUACGAGACCGACGACGGCAAGGACGUCGUUGUAGACAUGUGUUGCUUCGAGGAUGACGAUGUCCUGAAGAGAUCCACUAUGGAUAAUAUUAGGAAAGGAAAUUUGCAUGUCGAAGAUUGUGUCGUCAGAAGAUAUGUACUCCCGCUCGGCGCCGAAACCAAGGAGGGUGGAGAUAAUUUGGUCACAAUGGUUGAUUCGGAAGCCACGGCGACCCUGAGCCCUGACGGUUCAAUUCACUGUAUUCCAGAGCAACUGUGUGAUGUCAGUUUGGAGUUACCUCAAGUGAACUAUGCCGACUUCAACGGACGUGACUAUCAAUAUUUGUAUGGUACGGGUGGAAAUAUGCAGAAGAUACAUAAGGUCAACGUGAAAACCCGCCGCGUUGAGACGUGGUCUAGCCCGGGUUGCUUUCCGUCAGAACCUAUGUUCGUCCCCGCACCAACCAAGAAUGCUGAGGAUGAUGGAGUAAUCCUGUCCUGCGUGACAAACCUCGCAGACGAUAAACAACCUCCGUUCUUGCUGGUGCUCGAUGCCCGUACCCUCACCGAAAUCGCCCGGGCUGUCAUCCCACUACCUAUCAGUUUGUUUGGUAUUCACGGCAUUUUCGUGUAGGAAUCGUCCUACUAUGAUUAUAGAAAUCGUCCGUAAACGCGGCAUGUUCGUGGCGGGAUCGUCUUAAUUGCUAACCUCCGAGGUCGCUCGUGCUUCAUGUCGGUGUGAAUGCUUUCCACGGAAUGUUUUUGUGAUAACCGUUAUGUAAUACUCUGUGAUUUUUCAAAUAAAGAGAGAGUAUAUUCCUGAAUAGACAGACUGUUUUGUAUCAAAAUAUGUAUUUUAUGAUCAAAUAUAAAUGACCACUUUCUUUUAACCUGUGAAUACUUAAAUUUGCAUGGUGCAAGUUAAUAUAGAAACCAUCAUGAAUUUUAUAUUACGACGAAAGAAUCGAGUAUGGUGAAUUUUUUCAGAGAUGAUAUAUUUUGUAAAUGGUAGAAAUUUUGAUGUACAUAUUUGUUGACACCAUUCAACGCAUGAUAGGCCUAUAUUUUAAUGUAUCAAAAUAUUUAUAACGCAGACGACAGAUUCUCUGUAAAUUUAUAUACAACUUUUAAACUUGCUUGUAAAGCCUUUUCCUUUAAAAAUAUUUCACGACUUUAGCUAUACUCCUCUCAUAGCAACUGAUUGUAUACUAAAGGCUAGAAUGCACUUUUGUUGGCCCGGCCAUAAUCUUGAUUUAAAUCAGGUUUGUCAUAUAGUGGCGAUGAAAAAAAACCCUAAAAAGUCCGGGUUAUGCCCUUUUGUUUAAAGCUAUCUUGAUUUUGAAAUAUACUAAUCAUUUUAACAUUUUCUUGCCUACCUAUAUAUUGCGAAAUCCAAAACCCAAAUCGGAUCGCAGUUUAUUCAUCACCUAUUCGUCCAGUAUAUCCCCGUUAAAUUGUGAUUUAUCAUUGUAAACUAUAAUUAUAUGCGCACUUGUCUGCUGGUUUUAAUUCCUUCAUAUUCAUUUGUAUAUUGGACUUUAUAUGUGAUUAUAAUUAUGUGGCACUUUUUUAUUUUUUAUUUUUUAUUUAAGGCGUGAUUGAGAAAAUAUUUAAUUUCAUUCAAAUUCCCAUAACUUUGAUCAAUACUGACAUAGUUACACGGCAAUUAUAGUUAUAAUGAUUCAUGAUUAAAUUAUCAAGUUCUCAAUAAAAUAUCUGCUCUUUGAAGAGCAUUAAAUCAUGUCAUUAAACAAGGAGCUAAUUAUCUAAAUCCUUGCCCAAAUAGACGUGUAACAGUCAGGCACGCCGGAAGCAGUUUGGAAUGGGGG